AUGUUGUGGCUAUUCCAAGCGCUGUUUAGCAUCAUCUUUCUCCUGAGCAUCGUGCUCUCGAUACCCAUCUGCUUCGACGUCGGCGGUCGCGAUGCCGGCUUGGCAUACAGCUUAUCCCUGUUUAUUUUCUACCUCUUCUUUUCGGCAGCCAAGCUCGCGACGCCAGACAAGUCGCGAUUCCGACGCGCCCUCACCGAGUUAAUACGGCUGUCGCAAUGGGUCGUCAUCCCCGCACUGCUCAUCUGGUCCUUGAACCGCUUCUCAGUUGACGAGGCCCUGCUAGACGCGGCGCAAAGCCACGGCCACGGAUCUGGAGAUUGGGUCAGACGCGCAUGGUUCGGCCACGAGACUGUGGCCCAACCUGCCGCGCCCGCCGCGACGAACUGGCACGACUGGUUUUUUGGAUCCAAGGGGGUUUUGGAGUCGAUGUGGCUGGGCAGUUGGGACAGGGGCCUGAGCUACUCGAGCCCUCUUUUCCAGCUAUGUGAAGGCUUUUGCACCGUCCUGGUCAUCCAGGCCGCCGGCCAGAUGACGAGGUGGCUGGUGAACCGUGGCCGCAGUGACACUUGGGUGAUCGUCCUCUUGGUUAUAUCGAGCUCUAUCCUGACGAGUGCCGCCUAUUUCUUGUGGAGGAUUAUGAAGUUUCCACAAAUCAACAACAUUGACGCCACUCUGAUUGGUGUUACCAUCACCUCGGUCGUGUUUUUGGGCGCAUACGGCAUUGGUAGUGGGCGGGGCAAUCCGAUCGAGUCCGCACUUCUGUUUGCAUAUGUUGUUCUCUGUGUCUACCAGAUUUUCACCGACUAUAUGCCCUCGGACCCUGCGGCCGCAGAGGCUUUGGCGGCUGCCCAGGCUGCUCAACAACCCGAAUUCCCACCAUUACCGCCCUUUAUCAUGGCAUCUUGGUCGACCCUGCGGCAGAUGUUGGCCAGCCUGCCAGAGGCCUUCAACGUCUCGUUUACCUUCCUCUACGCGGCGUUCCAGACCGUCACGCCCUCGGUCAUCAUCUCGCUGACGUACCGCACCACCGUCUUCUACUGCGCCACGCGUAUAAUACCCGCAAUUCGCGACUCUGGAGCCCACGCGCUGAUGACGGACCCGGAACUCUACGGGGAUUCGUCAGAUGGGGCGACCAAGCUUCUGAGCGUGCUGUCCUGGUUCUCACCCUCAAUACUGAUCGCCGUCUACACAAGUUUGCUGUUACAACACUUCACGGUAGCUGCGGACAGCGAUAUUGGUUGGACUCUCACAGCCGGCGACAUCGGCGGAAAUCCCUGGCGCUGGGUCAACGUCGGUGCCACGAUGCUCAUGUACUCUCUCGAACUGUACCUGGGCGAAGAUGAGCCGGCGGCACAUUGGAAGAGCGACUAG